GCAUGUUUGGAUGAUUCAGCGUCCUGUAUGAUCAGAUUAAUCCUAGAAAAAGUGUUCAGAGUUUACUUUUCUUGUUCUCCUCUGACUCCUUGAUGUGUGUAAAAUGUCAAGGUUUCAGGAUCUCCCAGGUUUGUUUUCUUUCUUCUCCUGUAAACUUGCUGACUGCAAAUGAUUCAAGGAGCUGAGCCUCUAGCUAACGUUCACAUCCAUAUAACAAGUGCUUCCCGCUGACAUCCAGAAGCUGCCUGUGAGUAAAGAAGAGCCUCCUGAGCAGCAGGAGUGGAGCGACAUCAUGGAUCAAGAGGACACCAAACCCUCGCACAUUAAAGAAGAACAGGAGGAACUGUGGAUCAGUCAGGAUGGAGAGCAGCCUCAAGGACAGGAGGAGGCUGAUAUUAAGUUCUCAUUCACUCCUGUUAUGGUGAAGAGUGAGGAUGAUGAAGAGAUACCUCAGUCUUCACAGCUUCAUCAAGUAAAAGCGGAACAGAUGGAAACAGGAGCUGAUGGAGAGGACAGUAAAGGAUCAGAACAAGCCAGGAGCUCAGAUUCGGAGCAACGUCUACAUCCAGAGAUUGAGGUCAUGGUAGAAGAGCUCUCUGAAGCCGAGGCUGAAGACUGUAACAAUGUGAAGUGCACAAAGAUGUAUCAGUCAGAUUUAAACUCAUUGGAAAGAAUGAAAGACCAGAAACCAAAGACGGAGAAGAACGUGAAUAGUUGUGGUCAUAGUAGUAAGAAAAGUAAUCAAACUGGACACAUGGAAAUUCAAACAACAGAGAAUCACUUGGACUUCUCUAAGUGUGGUGAAAGAUUUAGUGUUCAAGCACAUGUUGUACAACAUAUGGAAAUUCACAAAGUGGACAGACCCAGCAGCUGUCCAGAGUGUGGCAAAACAUAUGGACAUAAAAGUCAUCUGAUGGACCAUUUGAGAAGUCACACAGAAGAGAAACCAUUCAGUUGCUCUGUGUGUGGCAAGAGAUAUAAAUAUAAAAGUACUCUGACACAUCACUUGAAAACUCACACAGGAGAGAAACUCUUCAGCUGCCCUGAGUGUGGCAAGAGCUAUCCACGUAAAUAUAAGCUGACGGAACAUUUGAGAAUUCACACAGGAAAUAAACCUUUCAGUUGCUCUGAGUGUGGUAAAGAGUUUAUCCGGAAGGAAAACUUGACCCAACACAUGUUAGUCCACACAAGAGAGAAACCCUUUAGUUGCACUGAGUGUGGUAAAAAAUUCAACCUUAAAGGAGGUCUGAGACAACAUAUGAGAAUUCACAUGGCGGAGAAACCUUUCAGUUGCUCUGAGUGCGAUAAAGCUUUUAUACGUAAAGAAUAUCUGAUGAAUCACAUGAUUGUUCACACAAAAGAGAGGCCUUUUGGUUGCUCUGAGUGCACUAAAAGUUUUAAGUAUAAGGAAACUUUGAUUACACACAUGAGAGUUCAUACAGGAGAAAAACCUUUUAGCUGCAGUUCUUGUGAACAAAGAUUCACCUGGCAUGGUCAGUUAAGAAAACACAAGUGUUUGGGUGGUGAUGUUUCAGAGCCUUUUAACAAUUUAACAAAGCUAAAAAGGCAAACAGAAAUGAAGGCUGAUGUAGAGGGUUGCAGAGGAUCAGAGGGAGGUAGGAACUCUGAUACAGAGGGACAUGUACAACCAGAGAUUGAGGUUAUCAUAGGGGAGUAUUCUGAACCUGAACCUGAAGACUUUAUUGAUGAUUCCUAGGGUAUCAGACUGACUGUAAUUUCUGUUUUUUCCCCAGAGUUACAGAAAACAUUGCUUUAAUAAAUAAAUUCAGUGGCCUAAUCAUCUUCCAUACAAAUGGGUCACAAAUGUGUUAAUGGAAAAAAUCUACAAGGAGUAUGUUAAAAACAUUUAAAUGUCUGUCUUGUUCUGUCAUAUGCCUCUUACA